UUUUUUAAAUUAUGAAUGAUUUUUGUUGUGGUUACAGUCAGUGGACAACAAGGACAGAAGAAUGUGCAGGAAGACCCGUGCAAGGUGAAGAGUCGAGUUGUGGCCGAUGCGACGUACUGCGACAGAUACUGGGAGUGUGUGAAUGGCCAGCCCGAGCUCUACGACUGCCCCAACGGACUCGUCUACGCCGGAAAGAACCGCGGAGUCACCGAGGGCUGUGACUACCCCUGGAGAGCCAACUAUUGCGAAGACAAGACGCAAGCAAAUGGUCCAAUAGGCCGAGAACACUGCGACUGGCUGUAUGGCAUUUUCGGACACGAGACAUCAUGCACCAGGUAUUGGACAUGCUGGAAUGGAACCGCCACUGAACAGCUCUGCAUCGGUGGAUUGCUCUACAACGAGAACACCCACUCUUGUGAUUGGCCUGAGAACGUCGAUGGAUGCCAGAAACAUCCGCUGUGUAACGACGAUGCGAAUGGAAACGUGCCGCUGGGGAAGUCGUGCAACCUAUGGCAGUGCCAGGGUGGCUACCCGCGACUGCAGCGCUGCCCCGCCAUGCUGGUCUUCGACCGUCGCUCGCUGCGGUGUGUCGUCCCCCCCACUGAGGACUGCGAAGUACCCACCACACCCCCUCCAGCACCUGGCGAGGAAGAGGACGGUGAACAAAAUCUACCAGUUCAGCCACCAAAACCAAUCAAUGGCAGACAACAACAGAACUACCAACAGCCACCACCCCAACAACAACAGCAACAACAGCAGCAACAGUCACAACAGCAGUACAGAAGGAGCGAAGACCUACCACCAAACCUGCCCAAUCUCCCUCAGGGAGCAAUUCCCAUCCCUGUCAGGGCGCGAGCCAGGAAUUAAAAAGUAACAAGAAAGACUUCUUGGCGAUGACUCUGGACUAAAAUCAUCACAGCAUCAUUGAAUCAUCAAGAUCAUCACCAAAUCAUCAGUAUUUUCAAACUGUAGUAUAAUGUUAGUUGAAUGUAUAAAAUGUGUAAAUUUUCCUAUGUUGAACAACUUAAUUUACUUGAGUCUCGAUUAUCAAAUUUGAGUUCACUGUCGAAUAAUCCCUUUCAAUAAAUUGAUGAGAGAAUUCAUUCAAGAGAGACAGAGAGGAUGAAAGGUGCAGAAAAAGAUAACAUUACUCGGUGAUUCAAUUAUAAGAUUAAUAUUGAUAGAAAACAAAUUUGAAGAUAAAACACUUUCUGAAAAAUAUUUCGGAUUCUUCAAUUAUUCAACUUUAAAACUUAAUUGCUUUAUUGCACACUUUAAC